UGAAUUUUCAGUCAAUUAUCAAAAAAAGUUGAUCACUUCUAUUCACAAAUUACUAAUUUUUUGUGAGAAACGUUUUUAUUUCAAAGUUUUAAAGAAGCAAAAAUGAACGACUCUAUAGCGUUACAAAGCACUAUGUCGCCAAAAAUAGUAGGCAAAUUAAAACCCGGUCAGAAGCAAUUUCGAAAAGUUUCAGGAGCUUCCAUUUUGGCUUUAAGAAAAAGUAUACGAAGAAGUUUAAUUUUGGACCAAUCUUUGGAAAACAGGAAACCCGAAAAAUUGCUAACAAUUGAUAGUUCGAGUACCUCAAGUUUAGAGACUCUACCAUCUCUUCAAAUUAAAGCAACACAAGAAGACACCGUAGUUAUAUCAGCAACAGAAAGCAGCAUAUGUUCAAACAAGUCUAGAGAAUCCAAACAUUCUUCCGCCAAAGCCAAACAACACCUUGAAUGUGAUGAAUUGAAUCAGUUAUUAACAAAAUAUAAAUUCGACGAUAUCUCAAAAUGGGUAAGAGAAGUUAACGAAAAUAACAGCAAUUCCUCAUUGUACACAGAAUUGUCUACCAUACAAGGUAGUGACGAUGGUAAAGACUUCAAGCCAAAGUCAACUAAACCCACAUGUGCAAUAAACUCGACUUUCGAAAAAGGACACGAUAGGAAAUUCGAUAAAAUGUUCAGUCAAAAAGAGAAUAGGGUACUUGCAAAUAAUACCCCUACGACUGAAGAAUCGCUAUGCAAUUCAUCGCAAAAUUUAACUAUCGAAGAUUCUUUUGAAAUUAUGAACGAAAGUUUAACAACCCGGAUUAAAAACAGGAUAAAAGAAGAGAAAAAAGACACUCCACCGAGCACACCUGUGAAUUCUAGUGAAAAAUGGUCCUAUAUACAAUUUUCAGAGGAUUCGACAAAUUCAAAUAAAGAGAACAAUAAUGGCUUAGAAAACGUCAGCAAGACGCCUGCAAACGAUUUUUUGCCAAAAUGGAGGGAGAUUGAAAUAUCAGGUACAGACGACUCGGGAGAGGAUAACAGUUACACCAACAUUCUAGACUCUCUUUAUGGAAAAUCGUGGCGUUUACAGAAAGAGUUAACAGAAUCGGUUAAAAAAAUAAAAAACACACCUCGAAUCACCUCAGACAGAAAAGUGCAAUCUUCUCGGCUCGAUUCAGACGACCUUUCGACUAAUAAAUCUCCUCUUCGUGAAAUUUCUAAUGGAAAUGAGCCAAAAAAAAUGGGUAGGAAAUUAUGGUUCGGUGAUAAAGACCUCAUGCCAGCUGAUAUUAGUAGAAAACAGAAUAGGAUUCCUAAAUUUGAUUCAAAACCAACGGCGCAAAAUAAGCAUUCGUUAAAAAAAUUUGACGACAGUGUUUCUAAUAAUUUACCGAUAGUUAAGAAAAAUCAAACCAAUCGUACCAGCAGCGACAGCAGCUCGGACAGUUUAGUAGCAACUAAAAUAACUCGGGCUAAUCGAAAACCUAUAUUUAGUAGUUCAGAUAGCAGUGGUUCUAAUAAACCUGCACCAUUGACUGAUGGAAUUAGUACAAAAAAGAAUUGGGGCCGAAAACCUCCUAAAAUUGAUGCAAUAACGCGAAAUUUAACGAAAGAUUCCGACGACAGCGACAGCUCUUGUAAUUUACCAACCGUUAAGAAAAAAAACCGUUCCGACAUUAAAAAUAAAAAUAAUUAUAGGGAUAAUAGCGGCUCGGAUUGUUUGGAAAGCGGGGUAAAGCAGCUUAAUAGAAAUACCAGUAGCGAUGAUAGUUCAAGUAGAGAACGUGGUACAAAAAUCAGGCCUCAACCUUCUGAAUGUAAAGGUACAAACGAUCAUAAAGUAUUCACAAAGAAGGCUAAUUUUAAACUACCUACGCAAACGAUAAAUAUAUCGGACGAAUCGGAAUCCUCCAGUGACGAAGAAUGGAAUAAAACAAUUAACAAAGCAAAAAAAACUAGAAGACUAACUGUUAACAACGAUGGCUUCUACAGUUUCCUUUCAUCUUUAUCAGCGGAAGUACCGAUAUCGAAAUGUUCCUUCUCUGCUCGAAUAUACCGGACCGCCUUCAAACAUCACAAGGACGAAUUGGUGAAGAAAUUGUUCAAACUGUUCAACGAGACCGUGUUCAAUAAGCUCCUGCCAGAAGAAUUCCAAUUCGAGUGGAAGGAUAAACUGCGCAAAACGGCGGGCACGUGUCGAUCGAUAAAAGUCACAAAGAGGUCGGGCGUUAUCGAAAGGAAAUCCAUCAUACACUUAUCCACCAAGGUUUUGGACAGAGCGGAAAGGUUAAGGGACACUUUGAUACACGAAUUAUGCCAUGCGGCUACUUGGCUCAUCAAUGGGGUCAUUGACGGUCAUGGGGAUAUGUGGAAAGCUUGGGCACGAAAAGCAAUGAUCACUCAUCCAGAUUUACCGCCGAUAAGAAGAUGCCACAAUUACAUUAUUACUACAAAGUAUACAUAUAAGUGUACGCAAUGCGGUUACAGUAUCGGACGGCACUCGAAGUCCUUAAACACCGAAACGAAGCGAUGCGGCUAUUGUUACGGAAAAUUCGAGCUGUUGGUAAAUAAGACGAAUAAGAAAGGGGAAACGAAAGCGGUGGCUGCGACACCUAAGAAGGAGGCCACAGGGUUCGCGAGGUUCGUUAAAGAGAAUUACGGCGCGCACAAAACCCCUUCGCGAACGCACGGCGAUGUCAUGAAAGUGCUGGGACAAAAAUUCAAGGAAUUACAAAUCGAUAAGACAUCCCGUAUGUGAUUUUAUUUUUUUUUUAUAUGAAAUGUACCUUUUAAUGUACUUAGUUUUAAGUAAUACUUCCAUGUUUUUAUGCGUCGUUUUAUUAAAUAGCAAUUCAAAAUUGAUAACAAUAAACUCUGUGCAAAAUAACAAUCCUGAUAGUUUAAAAAAAUCGCACAGCUUUUCCUCUAGCGAAAAAUCUUAUUCGAAACAGGCUAAAUAUCUAAAAGAGCGGGUUUCGUUUCUUUCAAGCAUUUCAUGAUCGAAUGCAUGAAUUUAACGAAUCCCGUAUCCUUGGGCUUUUCCAGUCCUCUAAGCAAUCGAUUCUUCAUUACCGAUAUGAAUUCUUUGUUGCUAAGCUGGCCGUCCUCUGGAAAAAUGUUUUUAUUUUACUCGUAGACGACUUUCGCUCCAAUUUACUUACGGUUUUCGUCGAAUAUGGUAAACACGACGUUUAUUACGUGAUCGCUGAGAUCCACGUGCGCUACAGUUUUGGCCACGUGCUUUAAAGUUUGCUGAUCAAUCGAAGCGCCGGCGAUAUGGUAAAACGUCAAAGCGGUAUCGACGUCGUUUAUGUUAUUCAAAAAAUGAAAGAAAUUCAAAUAGUCCUCUUUGGAAAUACCUUGCCCGUGGUCGCGGAAACUAAAAAGGUUAUAUUAGGACUAAAGGAGCAAUAACGCGGAGCGUUUCUUACGUUUUCUUCACUCUCUUCAACAUUCUGGCCUUCUUUUUCUGCGGAUAGCCGGCGUAAGCUAACAGGAGCUCGGUGAAAUCCGCUUCGGAAAUGUUCCCGUUCUCGUUGGGCGUCUUCCUCUGGAACUCCAAGCCCAAUAUCUCCUUUUGCAGCUUCUCUUGGAAAUCCAAAAACUUUUCGAUCGUCAGCUUCUGCUUCAAAUUCGGCCCGAAGAAGUAGGUCGUCAAAGCCGAAUUGACGCCCUAAAAUAACAAAAAUUUACUUUGAUACAAGCCUUAUGAACUAAAACAACUGUAAAUUCUGUGGAUAGAUUGUAUGUCGUAACCAGGUUCUCCUCAAAUUGGUAGAAUGUAACAGUAAAAGUUUGCCAUUAAAGCUACUUACUGAAGAAAUUUGGGUAAUCAAGGGCAUCUAUCCACAAAAUUAGUACAAGUUAUUGUAACAUAUUUUUACUUUGAAAGUGUUCCCGGUGUUGG